UGCUCAGCAAGCCUGGGACCUCCGGAGGACAUCACCUGCUCUCCUUAACCUGCUCCCCUGGGAGACACUGUACUGUGAUUCGGCCUCUGUUUGUUCGCAGCCUGGGCACAAUAUGGCGUCAGAUUUGACGUACAACUUUGUCUUCAAAGUGGUGCUCAUCGGGGAGUCAGGAGUUGGGAAGAGCAACCUGUUGGCUCGCUUCACUAAAAACGAGUUCAACCAUGACAGCCGCACCACCAUCGGAGUGGAGUUCAGCACCCGCACCAUUCAGGUGGACACCACCGUCAUCAAGGCCCAAAUCUGGGACACGGCUGGACUGGAGCGCUACAGAGCCAUCACUUCAGCGUACUACAGAGGAGCCGUGGGCGCCCUCCUGGUGUACGACUUGACCAAGCACCUGACCUACGAGUACGUGGAGCGCUGGCUGAAGGAGCUGUAUGACCACGCUGACCCCCACAUCGUCGUCAUGCUCGUGGGCAAUAAGAGCGACCUUGAUGCUCAACGGACGGUGCCCAUGGAAGAGGCCAAGGAGUUUGCAGAGAGCAGAGGUCUGCUCUUCAUGGAGACAUCAGCUUUGGAGUCCAUAAAUGUUGAAGCUGCCUUCCUUGAAGUCUUAACAGAGAUCCACAGGAAAGUGGCCAGCAGAGAGGUCACUCGAGGAUCCAUCAGUGCCGUGACCCUUUCGCCGUCUAUUGGCCCAGCAAGUGAAGCACACAUAGAAAGUAGAUCCUGUUGUGGGAGAUAAUGAUUUCCUUCCCUAUCCUCAACCCAUUUCUUGUGUAUUUUAUCAGUGUAAAUAAAAUUAAACAACUAGAAAAGCACUCAGAGAGCGCAAACCUCCGCCAAGCGAAAACAUAACCGUCUCCUGGAUACAGACGGUGUUCCGGAUCACUCCCAAAAUGUAAUCAUGUCUUCCUGAAAAUUUCAUCGAAAUCCAUCCAUAACUUUUUGAGUUAUCUUCCGAACAAACAAACAAACAAACAAACAAACAAACAAACAAACAAAAAACAGACAGACAGACAAACUAACCCAGAUGAAAACAUAACCUCCUUGGCGGAGGUUUAAAAAAACUCACUCCACUGUAAUCCUUUGACAGAGACAGUAUUUUACUGGAGUAAUCUCUGAAAUAAAACAUCCUUAACAUUGAAAAGCUUUUCUGAAAUAUGUUACCAGUGUAAAUAAAAAAGCUCAUUCUAUUAUGGUCAUCAUGUGAGACAAAAUAUUUCAUUGGAUUGAUUUCUGAAAUAAAAAAAAUACAACACACUC